AUGUAAGUUGUUAAUGUGUCUAAUAAACAAAUCAAGAACUUUAACUUGGACACCAUAGUAAGGAAUAUAUGGUUAUGUAUUAGAAUGCUGUAUAUGAUACACACUUAAAUUAUGCAAAAACUAGAUCAAUAAAUUGUAGUCAUAAUUAAUUGGGAUCAACAGAUGGUUUCUCUUAAUUUCAAUGUCUAUACAAUUUAGAUCUAAGUCAUAAUCGUAUUAAUUAGUUCUUCUAAUUGACUUCAUCUUUAGUUGAAAUAAAUUUGGCUCACAAUUUAUUGGGAAGUGUGUUUGAUGAUUUUUAGAAAUCUUUAAAAUCAUAAGGUACUCGUUUAUAUGUAGGUUCAUUCUUAUCAAAUUUGAAGAACCUAAAAAUAAUUGAUCUUAGUUAUAAUAAUAUAUCAUAAAUAAGUUCCAAUAUAUUUGAUGGUAACACUCAACUUCGUAAAAUAAAUAUGAGUAAUAAUUAAUUAUAAGGUCCAUUGUGGUGUUUUACAAAAUUAGAAAAUUUAGAGAUGUAAUAUAUAUAUUAUAAUAGAAUUGAUAUAGGACAUAAUUAAUUAAAUAUAAAUGAUUUAAAACCAUUAGAGAAACUCAGAUUAGAAAGUUUAAAUCUUAGAUUUAAUCCAUUAGAAAAUAUGGAUAAAUGUGAAGAUAAACUAAUUAAACUCUUACUUUACACAAGAAAGAUAGAAUUGUCAUAUACUUAAUUGGAAUAAUAAAUAAUGAUGAAUUCUAAAUAGAGUUCUAAAUUGGAUCACAGUAUUAAUAGCAAUGAUUCUAUUCAAUAAUAAACAACUGAUAGAUCAACUAUAAGUCGUUUAAGUAAAGUUAGUAAUAGACUUACAAGACCUAAGACACCUCAAAACACUAAUACAAAUUAAAUUAAUAGAACUCCAGUUAAAGUUUAGAAUUAAUAAGAAGUAAAGAAAUCAAAGGGUGAAUUAAAAAAGAAUAUAAGUAUAACUCCAAAGAAAAAUAAUGGAAAUAAAACACCUAAAUAAUAAAGAUAGGUAUGUAUGAAAACAGUAGAUUAACAUGAUGAAUAAAUUAAACAUAGAGAUUCAUAUUAAUAAUAAAAAUCAACAACUAAAAUACCUGCUUUGAAUUUACAAAUGUUAAAAGUUACUCCAUUUUAAUUAAGUGAAAUUGAUUCUGAAAGAGAAGAUUUUCCUAUGUUAUUUGAAGAAGAUGAUGAAAAAUAAUUACUUGAAGAAUUGAAAUUAUUAGGUGAGACUAUGAAAUAGAAGAAACAACAUGAAAUUAGUAUUGAAAGGCAAAUUACAAUGAAUAAAAAUAUGAUUUCAUUAAUGAAAAUCAUGAUCAAAGGAAGUAUCUAUAUUUAUAUAUAAAUAAGUUUAUCUUUACAAUGUAAAUGAAUAUAAUUAAGGAUUCGAUGAUGUGAUGACUGAAUUGCAUAAAGAAUUAGAAUCAAAAAAUCCAGAAUUCAAAGAUAUUAAACUUAAAUUAAUGAGAUUCAACAAAGAACAUUACGAAUUAAAUAAAAUGUAUUAAAGUUUAGAGUAAUCUGAAAGAGUAGUUGAUAAUAUCAAAUAAUAAUUUAUUUGA